UGUCUCACUCUUGUGGGUCUUAGCUGAAACAAACAUGUGGUUCCUGCUCGUCUUCAUCGCUCACACUGAGCUGCUGCUGAUCUCACACGUACACGGCAAGAUAGAGCAGCGCGCAGGUAUGCGGCUGAUUCUGCGCGGUGGACAGCAUCCAUGUCACGGUCACGUUGAAAUCUUAUACAAGAACAAAUGGGGCAUCGUCGGGGAUCAGGACUGGAACAGAGCCACGGAGGAGGUGGUGUGCAGAAGCACUCAAUGUGGGACUCCAGUGGAGGGCGCCACAGAGGACGUGCCAAAGCCGUCCGGGGACGUGUGGCUCAACGAAGUGAAAUGCAACGGGACCGAGAAUCAUUUGUUUGACUGCGAUUAUCCCGGUCUAGGAGUCAGCCAAUACUUCAAGGAUACGGUGAAGAAAAUCAAAUGCUCACUUGUAGAUAAAAUCGAAAUCUCCCUGGACGGGUUUGAAUGUGCUGGAGCUCUUACGUUCUCAGUCGACGGGAAAAAACAGCCAGGCUACUUUUGUGCUGAAAACUGGGGUAAAGAAGAAGCGGAUUAUGUGUGCGAAAGCCUCGGCUGUGGCAAAUCUAAGGAGAUAGCUGUGCACAACUGGAUGAUCUGGAAGGAGUUUACAAAGUCCAGGAAGAUGAAGCUGGACUGUGGAAACAUUCAGCCUCUGAAUAAUCUGUGGCAGUGUGUGACUCAGGAGUCGACCGAGUGCAAACAUCCUGCUUCUGUCAUUUGCACAGGUUAUGAGCGACUGCAGCUCAGAAGAAACAGACAGAAGAAACAGAGUGUGAGUGUGUGUUCUGGGCAGCUGGAAAUGGAGGAACAAGAAAAAUGGGUUCCUUUUAAAAAAAAUGUAAGCAGUCCUGAUGAUUGGUGUCGGCAGAUGAACUGUGGUUCUUCACUCAGUCUCAAUGGGACAGAGCUGACAUGCUCAGACAGCGUCAGAGUGGUUCUGAUGGACCGUGGUGAAGCCAGCAGAUGUUACGGCACCGUUCACAUGGAAGUGAACAGAGCGACGUACUCUGUGUGCGCCUCCACGUGGACCAUGAAAGAAGCUGAGGUGACCUGCAGAGAGCUGGACUGUGGCAAAGUGAUCAGUUAUGAGAAAAAGUCUACGGGACCAGGAAUAAUGGACAACGUCCGCUGUUUAGGCAGCGAGUCGUCACUGUGGCACUGUCAGGCCAUACAUGACCAAGGCAUGAAAUGUUCCACCACGGCUUACGUCGUCUGCGCAGAAAGUUUAGACGUGAGACUGGCGGACGCUCCUGGAAAGUGUGCGGGCAGAGUGGAGGUCCUGUACGAGGGCAGUUGGAAACAAGUGUCCACAGAUCAGUGGACAGAUGACAACUCGGACACCGUCUGCAGACAAAUCCACUGUGGACCGAGACAAAAGAGCGACAGUCCUGAGCAACAGUUCGGCGGAAGCUCGGGGGAUUUUCUCACCCAGACAUUAAACUGCAGCAAAACCACUUCCAGCAUUUCUGAGUGUUUUACACAAACGUCUAAAAAAGCAUCUGGGACAGAAGCAGUGAAGAUAACCUGUGACGACCACAAGGUGUUGAUUCUGAAUAAUUCCUGCUCUGGUUCGGUGGGGAUAGUGAGCGGCAACGACAUCCACUGGCUGUCCGGGUCCGCGACCACGUGGACCCAAGAGUCAGCGGACGCUGUUUGCAAGCAGGUGCAUUGUGGGAAGGCGUUAAAAUUCUCGGCCCCGAACGCCACCGCUGACGUUCAGGUUUGGGAUCACUCUUACAACUGCUCAUCCGACGCCACGUCUCUGUUUGACUGCGAUGCUGCCGCAAAUUCACAUGACCACAAACACACCAUAGCAAACGUCACCUGCUCAGGAACGAUCACAGUGACCAUGACAAACAAGUGUUGGGGGACAGUGAGUGUGUGUCUGGACGGACGGUGUGGGGGUGUGUGUGCAGACUCGUGGACAAACGCACACUCGGUGGAGCUGUGUCAAAGCCUCGGCUGCGGAACCGCCAUCCAGGCUGCCGACCGUCUACCUGGACAGGAAUUUGUGAUGGUCAAGAGUUUGUACAAGACGAAACACACGACGAGUCCGAGACACUACAGCUUCGUCAUGAAGAGUGAACAACACGUGUGUCCACCUGCUUACGUUGUUUGUUCAGGCAGUGUCAUGCCCAGGUUUAGCAUCUCCAGAGACAACUGUUCUGGAAACCUGGAGGUCCACUCUGAAGGACAGUGGCUGCCCGUGUGUGCUGAUGCUCUUCAACAAAAACAGGCACAACACACCAUGUGUGAGCAGCUGCAGUGCGGCCAAGGGGUCAAUUGGAUUGAAUACUUUGGACCGAAACCGGAGGCAACUCGCACCCUUUCAAAAGUGCAGUGUUCCGAAACUGGCGUGAAGUCAUUAUCAGCAUGUAACAUCAGUUUUACAAACACUCCCUGUUCUCUUGCUGGACUUAUCUGCUCUGACUGGAGAAAGAUCAAGGCUAGCGAGACCUGCAGUGGAGCCGUAUCUGUUCACUCCAAAGGAAGACAAAGUGCUGUCGCUGUCAACGGUUGGAAAGAAACUGAAGGAAAGAGGCUUUGUAAGGACUUAAGAUGUGGCAGCUUCAAGUCAAAAAAGGUUUACAAAACAUCGCAGCAGCUUCCCUUCUGGAACGGAAGCUUCAGAUGUGGAGAGGCCCCCAAAAAUAUCUGGGACUGUGAAAACAAAUCGACCUCGUCCUCACAGAGAGAGCAGCUCUUUAUUGAAUGUGAAGAUGAGCCGCGUGUCACCCUGUCAGACAAAUGCAACGGUUAUGUAACCCUUAAUCGCAGGAACGUGUGUUACAGUAACUGGAACUUUAAAUAUGCACACUUAGUUUGCCAAGAACAGAAAUGCGGCAACGCAAUCGAAUACUCCUCCUCUGGCAUUCAGCCAUUCUCUUACGAGGACUACCAUGUCCAAUGUGAUGACUUCCAUUAUAAACUUGGCCAGUGCAAGAGAGUCCAGGGAAAGUGUGACACAGGCUAUGUGCUUGUUAGCUGUGUGGGUAGUGUAAAUUUCACGACGACUGAAACAUGUGGAGGCAAGCUUUUAAUUAAUUCUAGAUAUGGCUUGAAGGAAAUGUGUCCCCUGAACCUUUCCAUGGCAUUAAUGGAAAAGCUGUGCCACGAGAUCGGCUGUGAUGGUUAUAACAACAGAAUACACACAAGAGAAAACACAAGGCUGAAAAACUUGGAGACGGCACUGGACUGCACCGACGACCACAACGACGUCAAGUACUGCGUUACUAAGAGGUCCUGUAAAGGAGUCAUACCCGCUCACAUCUACUGUAACGGUUAUAAGGGCAAAUCAGAUGAAAAUAACAGAAAGAGUUCUACCAGCAUAGUACCCAUUAUCCUGGCUGUGGGACUAUGUUUGGCUCUGAUCAUUGUCAUCGUUAUAUUUAUACAAAUCUGCAUCCUGAAGAAAGUCAAGAAUUUCUGGAAAAACCCAGAAGCCAGAACAGUUUCAAGAAAAGAAAUUCAGUUUGAAAGUGGCGACUAUGAAGAAGUCAGCAAAAAUGAUGACGAGGAAGAUUCAAGAGUCAGAUACGAGGCUGAAGUCGCGGUCGCAGAGAACGACCCUCACAGCUCGUACGAUGACAUUGAUGAAGCAGAGAAGGCUCAGCCUCUCACGUCUCAUCCCACACAAGCGGACACGGUGACGUACGAGGUGGACGACUUGGGGGAAAACUAUGACGACAUUGAAGCGGCUCCUGAGAUCUCACAGACCACAGCUGAAGUUCACCGCAGUCCCAACCCCUCAGGUGUAGGUGGCGCUGUGGCACCUCCAGGAACAGAGCAGGAGGAGGGAGAUUAUGUUUCGUCAGAAGACGACGAAGGGUGA